CCAAGAUCCAGCCCAUCUCUGUUGUGAGUGUCCAAACCUUGGACAUUCUAUGGGUCAUUAUUUCAUCAAUUUUCCUCGCUCAUUUUUUUUUUUUCGCCUUCCCACUUGUACGUUGUUCUAUUUCUCUCCUCCCUUGAAGCGUACUCUGAGGUCUCCAUUGAAGCGGCUUUGCAGCUUUCUUUCCUCCAUUGAAACAGCUUCUUAGGAAGAAGAAAUGGCAUUGAAUCAUGCAAGGUCAUUGAAAAUUGCCAUGAAUUCAAUGGAGCCAAUGCGGAUGAUUGGUUCGAGAACAUAUGCUGCUGGGAAAGCAAAAAAAGGGUCUAAAGGAGGUGGAGCUUCUGAUGCUCCUAAGGUAUCAUCUCUCAGCAAAGAAAUUAAGGCUACCACUGUAGUGGGAGCUAACAUACUGAAGGAGGGCACAGAUCCUAAGCUACGACCAGACUCUGAGUACCCAGAUUGGCUUUGGCACCUUCUUGACAAGCGACCAGCCUUGAGUGAGCUGCAACGGAAAGAAGCUGAAGAUCUCCCUAUUGAAGAUCUUAAGCGCUAUGUUAAGCUGGACAACCGAGCAAGAAUCAAGGAAAACAAUUCAGUCAGGGCUAAGAACUAGUUGAGCAAACCUUUUUUGCAUAACAUCAUCUUUGGAAAGUUGGAGGCAGCAGCACACAUGCCGGCUUGAUUUCAUAAGUGCAAAGUGAAGCUACUUAGAACAAUAUAGUUACCUGCCUUUGUUUCCAGUUGCAACUAAACAUGGGUAUGUUAUUCCCUUGCUGUAUCCAAUUUUUUAUAAUCUAUUUGUAUUGGUGCAAUUCAAAUUUUGAUAGUUUCCAAUGCUGUGGGAUACUAGCUCUUCCCCUUUAUAUAUGGGUUGGACCGUAGUAGUAUACUGGUUCCUUGUUGAGACUAGUACAAUCAUGGAGAUAAAUUCCUAGAGUUUUCUGUUACUGAGAUAUCUGCACUAUCAUCUGAGUUGUCUAAAUCCCAAUUUCAAAUCCUCUGUCUGAAGAUAAAGUCCAUUUGGCUACUGAGAA